UUUUAACUGGAAACAAGGAGGUGUUCCACGGGGACUGGCAGGGGAUCAGGAUCCCAGAGUCUAGUAGCUGCCAAAUGUGUGGCAGGAUUCAAUUUCUGGCUUCAGGGGUCAUGGGGUACUGUCUUACCCACACUGGUUUAGCUUUAGGCUUGAGCUCGACUAUGAUCGGGGCCCAGUGUUUUGCCAGUCCCACUCCUCCAGUUUUAGCCCAGGCUGACGGUUAGGAGUUCAGCCACCCAGAGAUAUCCGCUUGGCUCAGUGGCAGAGGUUGUUGAUGGAGUUGAUACUCAUCCUCUCAGCGCAAGAACAGGCACAGCAACAUCCCCUACAUGUGGCCUGUAAAGAUGGCAGCACGUCUAUUGUGGUGGCCCUCGGUGACACAAACUGCAAUUUGGACAUCUCAAGUGUGGACGAACGCCUCUGCACCUUGCUGCCAACAACGGGAUCCUGGAAGUGGUCUGGUACCUCUGUCUGAUGGGUGCCAGCGUGGAGGCCCUGACCAUGGAUACACACCGAGGACUCUUCGUCCAGCAGCUCAGGCCCUCACAGAACCUGCAGCCAAGCAUCAAGCUCAAGCUGUUCGGCCACUCAGCCAGGAAGACCACCCUGGUGGAGUCUCUCAAGUGCGGGCUGCUGAGGUGCUGGCCCAGACUGUCCUCCAGUAGUUCCAGCAGAUUCCCGCCCUCGCCUCUGGCCACUAAGUCUACAGUCUCUGUGAGCAUCAACAACCUGUACCCAGGCUGUGACAACGUGAGCGUGUGCAGUGGCAGCAUGAUGUUUGAGCCCGGCCUCACCAAAGGGAUGCUGGAGGUGUUCGCAGUCCCAUCCCAAAACCUGCACUGCUGGGCCAACGACCAGUCCAGCAAGGCCAUGGACACCCAGAACGCCUAUUUGAACAAUUCUCUUAGUUGGGAAGCACAUUGCCUGCUACCCUGGGUGACUGGGUAUCUCCUCGCUCCACCUGGGCAGCCGGAACUUCCUUGCUAUUCCUGGAAGCCCCCAGGAUGGCUGCUUUCCAAGCUCCUGGACCCCCGCUGGCUCUGCACCAACGUGCUGGGGAAGCUGCUGUCCGUGGAGACCUCGCGGGCCCUGCACCAUUACCGGGGCCGCUACACCGUGGAGGACAUCCAGCGCCUGGUGCCCGACAGCGACGUGGAGGAGCUGCUGCAGAUCCUGGACGCCAUGGACAUCUGCGCCCGGGACCUGAGCAGCGGGACCAUGGUGGACGUGCCCGCGCUGAUCAAGACAGACAACCUGCACCGCUCCUGGGCCGACGAGGAGGACGAGAUGAUGGUGUACGGCGGCGUGCGCAUCGUGCCGGUGGAGCACCUCGCCCCCUUUCCGUGCGGCAUCUUUCACAAGGUGCAGGUGAACCUGUGCCGGUGGAUCCACCAGCACAGCGCAGAGGGGGACGCUGACAUCCGCCUGUGGGUGAACGGCUGCAAGGUCGCCAAACGCUGGGCCGAGCUGCUGGUGUUCCUGGUCAACCACAGCCAGGGCGUAGAGGUGAGGGUGCGCGGGCUGGAGACGGAAAAGGUCAAGUGCUGCCUGCUGCUGGACUCCGUGUGCAGCACCAUGGAGACGGUCAUGGCCACCACGCUGCAGGGACUGCUGACUGUGAAGCAUUACCUGAGCCCGCAGCAGCUGCGGGAGCACCAAGAGCCUGUCAUGUUCUACCAGCUGAUCUACCAACCGUGGGACUUCUUCUGGGCGCAGACCCUCAAGGAGACCUCCCUGACCAACACCAUGGGUAGGUACAAGGAAAGCUUCAGCAGUGUCACGUUCGGCUGUCACAACAUCUACUCGCAGGCCAGCCUCCGCAUGGACAUCCACGCUUCCGACCUGAACCUCCUGACGCCGAGGAAACUGAGUCGCCUGCUGGACCCGCCCGACCCCAUGGGGAAGGACUGGUGCCUGCUCGCCAUGAACUUGGGCCUCCCGGACCUCGUGGCAAAGUACAACAGCGGUGGGGCUGCCAAGGACUUCCUCCCCAGCCCGGUGCACGCCCUGCUGCGGGAAUGGACCUCCUACCCUGACAGCACGGUGGGCGUCCUCAUGUCCAAACUGAGAGAGCUGGGCCGCCGGGAUACAGCGGACUUUCUGCUGAAGGCGUCGUCUGUGUUCAAAAUCAACCUGGGGCAACAGCCAGAGGCCUACGCCUCCAGCUGCAACAGUGGCACCUCCUACAAUUCCAUUAGCUUGGUGGUGUCCUGGUGAGGGGAGCUGUGACCCCAGAGCAAAGCAGAUGCGGCCCAUCCUUGCACCCGAGAUGCCCAGGGAGUUCCUUCCCUC